AGCUCUGCCCUGAAGGACAACAGUGAGCGCCUGGGGGGCGUGAAGGGAGGCUGGUGGGGCCGUGGGCUGGGCUCCCCACCCACCAUGUCUGCACCCCCAGGAAGCAUGGCUGCCUGCCCUGUGCUGGGUCUUGCUGCUCUCCUCUUCCUCUCAGCGCCCCAGGCCAGCUCCGUGGUGCAGUAUCGACGGCUGGUGCCAGUGGUGCUUCUGGAACCCCAAGGUCUGGCUGGGGCGGGGGAGAGGGAGGGUCCCACCAGGUGGGCCCAAGCCGGACAGCCUCCCACCUGUCACCCACAGGUCCCCACCCAGCAGGUCUCACCCCCCAUGAGGACCUGGCUGGGUCCCUGCCCAGAACAGCUUGGGGGGGGGGGGGGGGCAGGCAAGGACCAGGCCCCACGGUAUUCCCUCCUAACGCCGGCUGGGCUUGGGGUAGCCCUCAGACCACUGCCAGGCCAGGAGGAGGAAGGUAAGGAAGCCAAGACUGACCUUCCAAGGGCAGCAGGUGAGGGCGUGAGGUGGUGUCCAGGGGCCUCGGGAAGAAUCGAGGGUCUGGCCGAGGGCUGGGGGGCCAGCAAAUUGGCAGAGCCCAAGGCACAGCCAUUUCCGAAGAGGCCUGGGACAGGUAUGGCCCAAGGUGAGGGGACUGUGGCCGCCCACCCACCAGGACCAAGGUCGUAAAUCAUCCGCCAGAUUGUCACAGAGCGUCUGCAGGAGGAGGGUUCUGGUUCCGGUCACCGAGAGAGCAUGGCCCCUCCCCAGGCCCUGAGCCUUUCUGGCCGUAUCCCCCACAGGGAGGGACUGCUCUCAUAUCUGGUUGGAGAGCCCCACGGCCCGCAGUGGCGUGUACACCAUCCAGCCAGAGGGAGUCAGCACCCCCUUCAAGGUUUUCUGUGACAUGCGCAUGGACGGUGGCUGGACGGUGAUUCAGAGCCGAGACCGGGGCCGGCGGAGGCCUCUGGACUUUGAGAGGUGCUGGCAGGAGUACAAACAAGGCUUCGGAGACCUGAGAGGUGACCACUGGCUGGGGCUGGAGCACAUCUCUGGCCUGACCUCCCAGCCGGGCCUGCGCUCAGAGCUGACGGUGGAUCUCCUGGGCCUGGACAACCACACACUUCAGGCCCACUAUGAGCACUUCCACGUGGACAGGGAGGACCAGUUUUACCAGCUGACCCUUGGCCCGUACUCGGGGAAUGCAGGGGACGCAUUCCGGGGCGUGGGCCAGACGGACAACCAGGAGGGCUGUGGCUUCAGCACGCUGGACCGCGACCAUGACCGCUGCUCGCCCUGCACGGAUGGCGCCCAGACCUUCACCAGCUGCAGCCACGAUCGCUCAGGAGCCGGUUGGUGGUACAGCGCCUGCGGCCACGCGGACCUCAACGGGCCAUGGCCAGAGCACACGGGGGCCGCUUCCGGCAUGCGCUGGGCCGCGGGCAACCACCAGCCCGCCUUGCGCGCCAGCGUGCUGCGCGUGCGCACCACUGCUUCCCUCAAGGCCUAGGCCCCUGCCCAUCCGUGGCCGAGCCUCAUUAAAUGUUCAAGCCCGGC